GCGGGGCGCGCCCCACGGGCGCCAGGCUCGUGGAAUCGUGCCGGGGGCUCGGAGCACACCGGCAUAAGAACACCGCGUACGUACCGGGCUUGCGGAGCACCGGUCUGCGCACAGCCAUCCCGGCGUCGCUGUACGCACGCGCCCCGCAGCUCCUGGCUGACGCCGGCAUCAGCCUCCGCCGCAGGAAGCCGCCGCACACCGCCAGCACCAUGCCCCGCAUAGAUGCAGACCUUAAACUCGACUUCAAGGAUGUUCUGCUGCGACCUAAGCGGAGCAGCCUCAAGAGCCGAGCCGAGGUGGAUCUUGAGCGAACCUUUACAUUUCGAAACUCAAAGCAGACCUACUCAGGGAUUCCCAUCAUUGUAGCCAACAUGGACACUGUGGGGACAUUUGAGAUGGCUGUGGUGAUGUCACAGCACGCCAUGUUUACAGCCGUUCACAAGCAUUAUUCCUUGGAAGACUGGAGACGUUUUGCGGAGAACCACCCCGAGUGUCUGCAGCAUGUAGCCGUGAGCUCGGGCAGUGGGCAGAGUGAUCUGGAGAAGAUGAACCGCAUCUUGGAAGCCGUGCCGCAGGUGAAGUUCAUCUGCCUGGAUGUGGCCAACGGGUAUUCGGAACACUUUGUGGAGUUCGUGAAACUGGUCCGAUCCAAAUUUCCUGAACACACCAUCAUGGCAGGAAACGUGGUGACAGGCGAGAUGGUGGAGGAGCUCAUUCUCUCUGGAGCAGAUAUCAUCAAAGUGGGAGUGGGACCCGGUUCUGUGUGCACUACCCGAACCAAGACAGGAGUGGGCUACCCCCAGCUGAGUGCCGUAAUAGAGUGCGCUGACUCUGCCCAUGGCCUCAAGGGGCACAUCAUCUCUGAUGGAGGAUGCACAUGUCCAGGAGAUGUCGCCAAAGCCUUUGGAGCCGGCGCAGACUUCGUCAUGCUGGGAGGCAUGUUUUCAGGACACACCGAGUGUGCAGGAGAGGUGAUCGAGAGGAACGGGCAGAAGCUGAAACUCUUCUACGGCAUGAGCUCCGACACAGCCAUGAAGAAACACGCGGGGGGAGUCGCUGAGUACAGGGCCUCUGAGGGCAAGACUGUGGAAGUGCCUUACAAAGGGGAUGUGGAAAACACAAUUCUGGAUAUCCUCGGAGGACUGCGGUCUACCUGUACCUAUGUAGGGGCUGCCAAACUCAAAGAGCUCAGCAGGAGGGCGACGUUCAUCCGGGUGACCCAGCAACACAACACAGUGUUCAGCUAACCUCAGGGAUGCAGAGAUGUUGAGCUGAGUGGAAACCACCUCCCACCAUGCUUCUCCCGUCCUCCUUUUGUCUGUCCCAGUGGGCUGGCUGUGCUGCAUGGUGGAACAGUGCCACCGCUGAUGCCGACAUCGAGUCCUUGUCCCGAUCUUGCACCCAGAGGCCUUGGGGCUUGCCCUGGUGCAGUGUGGAGCCCAGAAGCAGGGUGCUUGUGGGGCCCUGGGCCAGCACCUAGAACUCAUUGCCUCCUCGUUUCAACCAACCUUUGUACCCUAUCCUUCCACUUUUGCUUUCUUUCUAAAGGACAAUGGUUUCACUUUUAAUAGAAUGCUGUGGUCUUGAUUGAGUGCUGGAGUUUGCAUAUUCAGGAGCAUAGUUGUAUAGAGUCGCUAGAGUUGGGAAAGCCUCCCCAGGCAGGUAAGUGACCCUCAAUUGUUAACACACAAGGCACCUGGCUGGGGAAAAGGUGUGGCAGGAGCCUAAGUCACUCACACCCCACCUACUGCCUCCAGCUUUUGUUGCUAUAAAGAAAAGAUUCAAUGUCCUUUAUUUAUGGCUAGAAACCAAAUAUGAGUGAGAACAUUCCAUGUUCCUCUUUUUGGGUCUGGCUUACCUCACUCAGGAUGGUGUUUUCUAUUUCCAUCCAUUUGCCUGCAAACUUCAAGAAGUCCUUGUUUUUUACUGCUGAGUAGUACGCUAAUAUGUAUAUAUUCCAUACUUUCUUCAUCCAUUCUUCAAUUGAAGGGCAUCUAGGUUGUUUCCAGCACCUUACUAGACCUGGAUGGAGGUGGGUGGUCCUUGGACUUCCCACAGGGCAGAGAACCCUGAUUGCUUUUUG